GUUAUUUAGUGUUUACGUUUUCCCGUAAAUCACAAGCAAAAUGUAAACAGUCUUUUUGAUAACAUCACUGUUUUUUUUACUUUUUGAUAGCAAACGACAAAUAUUUUCGCGGUGUCAGGCAUCAGUGUCGUAAACACCCUCGUAGUAAACCGAUUACUGUAAUAGUUAUCAUGUUCUUAACUACGAGACCAGGACCUCGAGGAAAAAACCUUUUGGAUCCAUGAAAUUAUGCCAAAAAAGGCAUCAAGCAGAAACAGGGAAUGGGAACGUGAACGUCGCGAGAGACUAAAUAAUUGCUUUAAGUCGCUCGAAAGUCUUUUACCCAGUCAUAACCCAACAGCAUCACUCAGUAAGGUAGACAUCGUUAAGAAAGCAGCCGAAUACAUACGUGAGCUCGAGAAAAAGAAUGCAAACCUGCUAGAGGGAAACACAGAUAAAGAAUGUUUGGAGCAAGUAAAAUUGUUGGAACGUCGUGUAAAAGAGCUAGUGGAUUACUCACAGCUUCUGGCAAGCUUGUUGAAAGCUGCUGGCAUAUCUGUGCCAGCAGGACCUGGGCCGGAUUUGGAAGUGCUAUUAAAGAGACCAUUAAAAUGGUCUGGCAAGCUGUCUCUUGACCAGACCUUGCAGCAGCUUGCUGAGGCACGCCAAAAAAAAUUUGGUAACAAUGUGAAGAAGAAGAAGAACAACAGUAGGACGAGUGGACAGAAGACCAAGGAAAAUGUAAUAAAUGUAGAGCCCAUUCCACAGCCAUCAACUAAUACUGAAGGAAAUGUAAGGAGUGACAUUGUACAGGCCUCUACAAAGAGCAGAAUUAAAUCCAGUGUCAAGAUCAAGAAAAAAUUAAAGAAAGUACCAAAUACUGUGGUAACAGUGAGUGCACCUGUAGCACAUUCAGUUAUUGCCCCUGCUAACAGUUCUACUGUGGGACCUGGCACACUUAUUUUUACCAAUGGCACAGUCAUGCCAGUGUUGUCAACUAGGGUUGUGCCUCUUCCAUUACUGGUCUCCCGUGCUGCAAAGUUGCCAAUAGCAGCUCUUACAAGGCCAGUGGCAGCGCAUAAAACACGUGUUAAUCAUCCUGUUGUGCCUCGGUCUGCAUGUCCAAGCAAAGAUGUCCCAGGUACGAAGAGCAAAAGUAGUUCUACCAACAGACUGGGAACAGUUAAUGCUACUCGUGACACAAGCAAAAAUCACAAAAUCAAGAAAAAUGUGCAUCUUGUGCAAAAGCCAAUCAGUGCAAGAAAAGUCAAUGUAGGAGGAAAUGCUAGACCAACUGAGUCACUUUCUACGGAAAAAAACGGGUUGAACAUUAUUGUGUAUGAUAAUAAAUUUACAUUAUCAGAUGCACGUGAGCAAGCACCUGCACACGAAAAUGUUGGAGUAGCACCUGCUGUUGAAACAGAAGCAAAUACAACCAUGCUGGGACAGGAAAAGAACAAAAGUGAAGCUCAUGAUGAUAUUUUUGACAAAGUACGUACUAGCCACAUUAUAACAACAAAGUUUGAUCAAUCUGUUAACAGCAUCAGUUGUGAUAAAAGCCAGCAAGCCUGUCAGAAGAUGACAGAAGAUCAUCCUAAAAGUAAAGCCACUGGUGAUAAUGUGGAUAUGGCGGAAGCAGCAGAUGUUUUUGCAAAAAUGCAGCAGGAGAAAUGUCCAAGAUCUUCCAACAUAAAAAAAUUAAAUGAAGAUUGUGGAGGCAUAAAUGUUAAUGACAGUCAUCAUAAAUCUACAGAAAAUAUAAUUCCAACAUUUGAAAUUAAUGCUACAAGUGGACCUCCAUUUGAAAUGCAAAUUGGCAAUGGGCAAUACGAUAGAGAAAUGAGUGUGUCUUCCCAUAGCAAUGUUGACAUUUGCUCAGGUACCUCAUGUGAACUGAGUACUACAACCAGUGGGGAUAUGGGAAAUGUUGUUGACUGUGAAAAGGUUGAUAACGUUGAUAAACCAAUCCCAUUAGAUGAAAACAAAAUCACAGUGGAAACAUCAGAAAUAACAUCCAAUAACGCAGAUGGUGGAAACAAAAGAAAAAGGGGUGAUGAUGAUAUACCAGAAUCUUACCAGCUAACUAGGAAGAAAGGCAAAGAAGUUAAUGGAAAGACUGAAGUGAAUUUGUUUACAAAUUUGUCUGAUCAAGAAUCUACCUCAAAACAGUCAUGCUCUACCUCAGAUUCAGUGAUAAAAUCUAAUACUAAAAGUACUGUUGUAUCUACAUUGCCUAGUCAUGUGAGCUAUAGUGUAGAUUCAUUGUGUAAAACAAAACCUUUAUUAAAGACCUCAGUGACAAAUGCAACAUCAGAAAGCACUCAAAAUGCUGGAUCCUGUUCAUCAGCUACCUCAGAACACAGUGUGGAAGAUCAGAAUGCAUCUGUCCCUGAAGAACUUCUUGAUGUUAUGAACCAUAUUACCUCAGCUGCUAAAAGUAGUGUAGAUAAUGACAGUUUUAAUAAUGUUUUGUGUAGCUCCUUAUUGCAAGAAAAAUAUUCCGAGAAGUGUAACUUGGUUCAGAAUACUUGGUUAGACCAGAGUGUUCGGCAGAUUUUUAAUGAACCAGAUGGGAGUAGAGAAUUACAAAGCACUCGGGAACAUACAAAUUGUCAGGGAACAAGAACAGUAAAGGAACCAACUAUAAAUGAGAAGUCUGAUUUUACACUGUUAAAUAAUAUGUGUCCCACAUCACAGGAUGAACAGAAAGUUGACAAAACUGCAAAAGAAAUAAGUGAUGGUUCACAAUUAACAGUUUAUGAAUCAAAGGCACAAGGAACUCUCCAGGAAGGAGGAUUGAGUUUGAACACUGAGGCUACACCAGAAAAUGAAAAAAAUGCAACUGAUCAGAAUAGUUGUGAGUCAGAAAUGAAAGCAAGAAGUGACUAUCAGAAGGUGUCACAAGAAAAGGGUUUUCCAGCACCAAUUUCAGAUACAGAUCUCAACUGCUUUAGUGGUAUCACUUCCAAAACAGUAUUAAAUGAAGGUGUUCCUGAAAAUUUAACAAAACUUGCAGAUAAUGUCAGAAGCCCCACUGAGUCACUAGCAAAAAGUACUAAUGGCCAGGACAAUACACUUGUAACUGAGAAUUGUCAGAGUAAGACACCACCUCCAGCAGAAAAAGUUACAUUGAUAUCGGAAGAGUUACCGAAGGUGUCAUUGGAUAGUGCUACUAAUUCAACUAGUGGUAAUUCCUUCUCUGAUGCAACCAUCCUGUUUGCGUCUCAGCUUCAUUCUGAGGAAACAUUAAAUAAGGAACAACCUUCAGCUAGCAGUAAACAGGCUAUUAGUUACAGCAGUAGUGCUGAAAUCCCCCCUGUAUCUCCACAUGGUAUUACCUCAAAAAGAACUUCACCAUCAGCCAUAGAAAAUACAAACAGCUCCAAAAGUAGUGGUGCACCCUUACUUGCAGGAACAGCACUCUACAAGCAGCUUAAGGACAUUUGUACUGUUGUAUCAUCAGUUACAGACUGUGUGUCAGCAUCAUCUGAAAGUGUUUCAGUUACAGGUCUUAAAAGCACAAAGCCAGUGGAAGAAUCAGUGUCUUAUAAUAUACAGCAAGUUUCUGAGGCUAAUUCCAGUGUUUGUACAAUCCAAUCUGAAAAUUCCAUGGGAAGUGAAUAA